AUGUCCUUGAAAAUGUCUUCCAAGUAUGCUAUACGUCGUCGAUAUGCUCUUGAAGAGAUAAUCCAAGAAUUAUGUGACUCAUUGACUUCUCAGAAAGAAUCACCUUCUGCCAGGUUCCAAACCACGCUUGCAUUCACCGAAAUCUUCAUGUUGACACAACCGCCACCAUCACCGUCACCGUCACUACCGACAACAGCAACAAAAGUGUUGAGAAUAGCAGUUUUAGACUCAUCAUUUAAUCCGCCUACAAAUGCUCAUCUUCAAUUACUUUUGAAAUCAGUGGAUACACGUAAUUUACACUUAGAUAGCGAAUUAACCUCGAGUAGUGGAAGUAGUAAUUCUGCUAAUGACAACGAGAAAAAUGAGUUUCCAUUUUUAUUUGAUGCUUGUUUGUUACUUUAUUCAAUUGAAAACGCCAAUAAAAAUAAAACAUCAAGUCAUGGCGAAGCAAAUCCAGUUGAUCGGGUAUUAAUGAUGGAGUCUUUAGCAUACGAAAUUCAUGACAAAUAUUCAAAAGAGACAACACAUCCAGCGAUUGCUCAUGCCCUAAAAAACAUUGCAACUGGAAUAGCAUCCGCUCCACGAUUCGUUGACAAACCUGAUGCCAUAUCUCACUCAUUAUCCUCGUAUUAUUCUUCACGUAAUCAACCACAACUAUCAUCAUCUCUUUCAGCUCAGUCUUCUCUUCCCCCUUUAACACUUUACUUUAUAAUGGGUUAUGAUACUUUAACUCGUUUAUUCGACCCUAGUUAUUACACCGACAUGCGUAAAGAAUUGUCUUCAUUUUUCGCUACAAAUUACGUGAUUUAUGCUAAUCGUGCUGGAUUUGAGCCGCAGGAGGUUCAACAAUUCUUUAAAACCAAUGAAGCUUUCCAAUCUUUUCGUCAUAAAAUCUUGCGAGUCGAGUCGGAAGAAAGUGUGACAGCUUUGUCGUCUACGCGUGUUCGUAGAUUGUUAAGUGGCUCGAAGCAAGAUGAAGGAAAUCAAAGUGAUGUUAAUUUGGAGGUUAAAAGAUUACUGUAUGAAUAUUGUCCCGCUUCGGUGGCUGAUUAUGUGUUGAGGGAAAAUUUGUAUAGGCAAAAAUUGCUAUGA